AUGUCUCAGAAACUAGGUCAUACUGGUAUUGCAUUUGCACGCUUGUGGCACCACGUUGAUCUUGCUCGCGAUAAGAGGACAUUGGGUAGGUUAGCCUCAGCGAUCGCAAUCACUUUAAUUGGAAAACACAAGCCUGUGUAUCAUCAGAGUCAGGACUGCGGUGACUAUGUUGUAGUAUCAAAUUGUCAGGCUUUACGUGUUACCGGUAAAAAAUUUGAACAAAAGACAUACUGGUCCCAUUCUUCGAAGCCAGGGCAAUUGAAAUUGAGAACAAUGGAGAAAGUGGUGGCUGAUAAGGGUUACGGAGAAAUCUUAAAAAAAGCUGUUAGUGGUAUGUUACCCAAAAAUAGAUUACGUAAGUCUAGACUGGAAAGACUGAAGGUGUUUGAUGGCGGAGAGCAUCCUUAUAAACAGAAUAUCACAGCAUUCGCGUAUGAGCAGCCCCAGGUAGAGGCAAUAAUGGCAAAAAAACAAUAA